UGAAGGCCUCCUACGCGCUCACAAACCGGAACUAAACAUGCAGCAUGCAUUUUCUUAUUGUUAAACAUAACUCAUUGUCUGUCAUCAUUAUAUACAACGUCGGCAGAGAUCGAUCGCGUUCUGUCCCUUAACUCUGCCGUAUACGAACGUCAAUAUCCCGAAAUUUGACGUACCAAACUCGCUAGAGAAUCCUGUUUGUGAUUAGCAAAUGGUUCUUCUAUAAAACAAGCCAACUUCAAAAGAACAGACAAUCAAGCCUAAUAAUAUGACUUCGAAUGUCGCCCUGACUGCCUUUGCUGUUUCGUUAUCUGCGGUAACUCUGCUAGCAUGCAUAGUCCUUGCAACAGUAUUUUACUUUCUACGAAGGCAGCGAGUAACGAAAUAUUCCAUAACAAAACCUUUGCUUAGAACGACUCCUCUACCGAUGACUAAAGGUAUACUCAAACUGAAAACAGACUACGGGGAAAGAUUCUAUUCGGAUUCCGAAGACUCUGGUGCCGUUGUGAAUCGCUGGAAUGGACAAAACACAGACGAUAGUUUAGGGCUGGAAGAUUUAUCAGACUAUGAGUUCACUGGUAGACGAAGCAGUUCGGUUAUAUCCAACUCAUCCAGUGAUAACUGGCUGUUGAGCAGCUACGAAGAAGAUCCUUCGAGGACUCCUGGGAGCUCGGCAACCAACAGUCCAAACAUCAACACACGAAUUUGUUUCCUAAACAUGUCUUUGAAAUAUAAUUUUCACCAAGAGACGCUGGACGUUGUCAUAAUCAAUAUUACUGGCGCUCCGAAGCAAAGGGGUUCUUCAAAGGGAAUAUUUAUCAUUUCUCAACUCUUUAUCACGAAGGAAAACGGUGAUAUUGAAGACUUCAAUGCUGUAAAUAAGACUGAGGCGAGGAACUAUUCCACAAACGUCUUGUUUAACGAAGUCUUGAGAUAUGAUUCCGUGCAGAGAGACAAACUACAAGCGAUUUCGAUCAGACUGUCACUUUGUUCGCAUGAUCGAUUUAGUCGAGUUCAAGCACUUGGAGAGUUCAUUGUAAAUUUAAAUGAAGUCAGUUUUGAUCCAAUCCAACCAUUGCUCUUGCAACGUCGAAUGACACAAACGAACCCUCAAACAACACUAGAAGAAAAAGAGAAAGGAGAAUUAUCUUUGUCGUUAAGAUAUCAAAAAGGCUCAAAGAAGAUUUCUGUCAUCGUUUUGAAAGCCACAAACCUUAAGAAACCAAAGAAAUUUAUGACAAAUGAUCCGUACAUUACUAUUAAGCUUCUCUACGACGACGAACUGAUUGUGAAGAAGAAAACGAAGUCGAAGAAAGGAACCUCUUCUCCCUGUUGGAACGAACCGUUUGCUUUCGAUCUUGACAAAGGUGACCUGGCAAAAUACAUGUUUAUAUUUACAAUCAAGGGAAAAGACAUAUUUUCAUCAGCGACAAAGCUUGGUGUUGUUCGUAUUGGAGCCGAAUCAGAGUCCACUGGCAGAGAUCAUUGGAACGAUAGUGUGUGUAGCAAGAAUAAUACUAUGAGACAAGUCACUAUGACACAUAAAUUAUCAUGAUUUUCACCAUAUUUGGUCAUAAAUUAUCAUGAUUUUCCACCAUCUUUGGUCAUAAAUUAUCAUGAUUUUUCACCAACAUGGAUCAUAAAUUGUCGCCCUUCGAAGUUUGGGAUUGGAACAUAGGAACAUGUAGAGGAAAGAAUAUGACAUGGAAUGAAAGAAGAAUUGCAUGGUUGCAACCUUAAGACCUGAGCCACUUGGCGACCUAAUGAUGGCUUUUGGUAGAGCGAUUCAAUGGUGUAGAAGACUUUGUAAGAAUCUCGAAUGCAGACAUCAACUGUACCGCCGGAACUUGUCUCAAGAUUUUGAAUUGAAAACAGCGUUGAACAUCUUUGCCCAACUUGGAGAAGAUACGGUUAUUUUAUUGAACAUUUAUUUUGGUUUUAAAGUAUUUGUAUAUAUAUGUACAUUAUUAAAGUAUAUUUAUUUCCUUAGCACAAAGAUUCUAUAAGAAAUAUGGAGUUAGAUGUAUAAUAAAGGUUUUCAAAUUAUCAAUUAAAAUCUCUA